UUUCCCUUUUCUUUUUUUUUUCCCCAUAAAACUCUAUUCUACGCUAUUACGAUAUGAGCACACCCAUAAUCAAUGACAACAGCGACAACAACAACAACAGCAGCAGUAGCAGUGGUAAUACUACAAAUGCCCCUCCUAGCAAAGAAGCGCCCGAUUUCUCGUCCGAUCCACGCAUGAAGCUCGAUAAGCAGACCAAUAAAUGGUCCUACGUCGGUGACGAUGGAAUCGAGUACGAAUACGACACUGCAGUUGGAGGCUGGUUUCCGAUGCACACGGAUGCAUUGAUUGAGCAGCAGCAGUCAGCUUAUGCCGUCGCAGGUGUUGAUGAAUCGGAGCCAGCAGUACUUCCACGCUCGAAAAAGAAGCGAGUGUAUACCUAUGACGAUGACCCGAAAAAACAAAAACGCGAACUUAAAAACACGUCAGUCUAUGUGACAGGCGUUCCCACAGACGCAACGAUGGACGAGAUGAAACAAGUGUUUAGUAAAUGUGGGGUUAUUAUGGAAGAUCUCGAAUCUGGACUACCCAAAAUCAAAAUAUAUCAAGAUCAGGAAGGCAAGCCCAAAGGAGAUGCACUUGUCACCUAUUUCAAAGAAGAGUCUGUGCCUUUAGCUAUCAAUCUGUUGGAUGAAUCUGAGCUACGACUGGGUGAUCCAGCGACGCUUAUUAAAGUGCAGCAGGCUCAAUUCAAAGAAAAGGAACCAUCUGCUGACAAGAAAAAAAACCAGUCGACCGGUAAAAACAAGAACAAGAAGCGAUUGCAUCAGCUGAACAGAAAAUUGGAUUGGGUAGAGGAAGAAGGUGGAAAGAAGGCAGAAAAGUUCAACAAAAUUGUCAUUUUGAAGAACAUGUAUACUCAUGAAGAAUUGGAUGAGGAUCCAACAUUAUUGCUCGAGCUCAAGGAAGAUGUGCGUGAAGAAUGCGAAAAGUUAGGCGAGGUCACCAAUGUCAUUUUAUAUGAUAAAUCGCCAGGAGGUGUCAUUUCGGUCCGGUUUAUGGAGCAAAAGUCGGCCGAAGCCUGUGUUUUGCUCAUGAACAACCGCUAUUUCGCUGGACGACAAAUCAGUGCAGAAAUCUAUGACGGUAAAGAAAGAUACGAAAAGAGUGGCGCUCGAGGAGCCGCUGGAGACGAAGAGGAGGACGAGGCAGAAAAGGCACGAUUGGAGCGAUACGCCAAGUGGUUGGAACAAGGAGGAUCCGACGACGAAGAACCUAGUAGUGCUAGUAGCAAUAAUAAGGAAAAAUCAGCAGCAGCAUGACAACAACAACAACAACAACAGCAACAACGCAUCUUCAUCCAAUAAACAAUACACAGAGCAAGAAAAAAAAACGAUCUGUUAGAAUGAAUAGGCUGUCGUUGUCGUCGCCGCUUUACAUGCAUCAGUUGCACACAGACAGAACGCGUGGGUACACAGGGACACGCAUGUUACACAAGUAUGGC